UCACCGCCGUACCUGAGUUUCGACAGAAGGUGAAACUCUCGCGCAGAGUCACUCACGCGCAUGAAACACGCUUCACGCGGACACACGUCGCGCAGAGGUCGGAUUAUCACACGGACUCUUUAGAUAAACGUCUUUUAAAGGUUUGUCUUCAGUAAUUUGUGGUGUUUCUCGAGCGAGGUCGUAGUUUCGCGGGGUUUUCCUGGUUUGAGGCGCGAGCGCUUCCUGAAACCUGCAGUGUACGAGGGGCAGUUUUUCUCUCCCGCAGGGGGGCCGUCAUGUCUUCUCACCCCCGGCGCGUGCGGCUCAAGCCCUGGCUGGUGGAUCAGGUGAAUAACGGGACAUUUCCGGGUCUGAUGUGGCUUGACCGCGACGCCCGCCGCUUCCAGAUCCCGUGGAAACACGCCACCCGUCACACGCCGCAACAGGAAGAGGAGAACACCAUCUUUAAAGCGUGGGCUGUGGAGACGGGGAAAUAUCAGGAAGGAGUGGAUGAGCCGGAUCCGGCUAAAUGGAAAGCUCAGCUGCGAUGUGCCCUCAACAAGAGCCGAGAGUUUAAUCUCAUUUAUGACGGGACCAAAGAAGUUCCCAUGAACCCGCGGAAGAUCUAUGAUGUGUGUGACAUUACACCCAGUAACCCAGGUUCAGUUCACACAGAUGAGACCGACGGUGAUGAAGAUGAUAUUCCAGACACUCCAGACCCUCCACCACCAUAUCCACCACAACGGAUGAGUGCCUCUCCGAUGGCUCAGGUCUGGACUCCUCCUGGUUCAGUCUCUCCCAUGCAGCCCCCCAGCUGCCCACCUCCUCCUCCGGCCUGGAGGCCCAAAGAAGAGCCAGACGUGGAGAUGCAGCCGCCGCCCAUGGAGGUCCAGACCCACACACCUCUGGAGGCCAUGUUCGCCACCCCGGAGACGUGGAUCAGCUCUCUGCCCAUGACCGAUCUGGAGGUGCAGUGCUUCUACCGCGGGAAGGAGGUGUGUCCGCCAGCCAUCGUCAGUAACCCGCAGGGCUGCCGGCUGUUUUACGGCGAUCUGGGUCCUAUGGUGAAUCAGGAGGAGCUGUUCGGCCCCAUCAGUCUGGAGCAGGUGCGCUUCCCCCCCACUGAGCACAUCGCCAACGAAAAGCAGCGCGUCUUCACCAGCCGCCUGCUGGACGUCAUGGACCGCGGGCUCAUCCUGGAGGUCAGCGGUCAUGACAUCUACGCCGUCAGGCUCUGUCAGUGCAAAGUGUACUGGUCCGGUCCGUGCGCACCCAACCCCAACGCUCCCAAUCUCAUCGAGCGUCAGCGAAAGGUCAAACUCUUCUGUCUGGAGUCCUUCCUCAGCGGUGUGAUCGCUCACCACCAGCGAGGUCAGUCGGCCUUGGAGUCGCCCAUGUAUGACAUUAAUCUGUGUUUUGGGGAGGAGUGGCCUGACGGUCGACCCAGAGACAGAAAACUCAUCAUGGUGCAGGUGAUUCCGGUGGUGGCUCGUAUGAUCAGUGAGAUGUUCUCGGGCGACUGCACGCGCUCCUUCGACAGCGGAAGCGUUCGUCUGCAGAUCUCCAUUCCUGACAUCAAAGACAACAUCGUCACGCAUCUCAAACAGCUCUACCGUCUCCUACAGACGCAUCAGGGUCAGGACAACUGGCCUCUGCCGCCCGGAGCCGGGAUUCACCUGACGCAGGCCCUGCAGACGCAGUGAUGCGCAGACGGCCCGCCAUCCACCAAUCAGAAGAGCUUUUAUGGAAAAGUACUUAAAGACGUUUGCGGACGCUGAUGUGAGAGACGGACAGUGACCGAGUUUGGUGGAGAUCUCCAUUUUGAACAUCUCUAGGUCAAAGUCUAGCGUGUGUGUGUGAGUGAGACUGUUAAUAAUCAGCCACACUGAACCCCUCACGUUAACAUCUGACAAUAUUUAAACUCUUAUGGUUGAGUUACUCGCACUUUUAUUAAAGGAACUAAAGUGUGCUUUGUUAGUGUAGUUGUUCACGCUGUAUCAUCAUGAGCUCUUUUAAUCUGCUUUCUCAUUAUUAAUGUUUUUAUUGCAUUAAACGACAUCAUAGUGAUAGACGUCAUCUGCUUUACGUGGUUCUGUGCACUUUCGGGGUGAAUAGCGUUUGUUUUAUUAAACUGUAUGGUUUUCAUAUCCCAUCUGAAUAUUCACAGAAAUGUGUUUUUUUGUUGGACUUAUUAAAUAAAAUGGAAAAACACGCCUUUA